UUAGGAUCAUUGCAAUUUGCGUGGAUAUGUAUUGAUGCGUGUGUCGUGUGUGUGUGUUUGUGAAUCAUCUUUUUCUCGUGCGCGCAGUCCAGAUAUCGCCUGACGUUCGGCGAAGAUGGCGGCGAAUGGCGGCGUACGUCUUCUUCUCCUCGGAGUUCUGUGUAUUUUUCUCCUGGAGCUAUGCAACGGUGCGGCGACGGACAUCAAAUUGGACGCCAAGGCACAGCUGUUGCACCGGCUCGACAGCCUCAAUCUCCUGCUCUACACGUUCCUAUUGAUUUUAACCGUUUUAACGAUAUGGAUGUUCAAGCACCGCCGCUUGAGGUUCCUCCAUGAAACUGGCCUGGCUGUCAUCUACGGCUUGAUCAUAGGAGCGAUAAUACGCUAUGGUUUCACGACGAGCAGCACUAUUCUGCAUAUGCCGGUGGUCCCAGAUAAUUCCAGCAAAUACAAUCAGUCUGUACCACCGGACACGCUAUGGUUACGUUUCCCGGAAGAUAAGGGUGGCGGUGUCGUAAAGAACAAAACGUUUGCAUAUUCGUUUCGCGGUGAAAUCUACAAGGAAGACAACGAAAUCGAUUUUAAGGCGACUUUUGAUCCUGAAAUAUUUUUCAAUAUUAUAUUACCUCCCAUUAUCUUCCAUGCUGGAUACAGUUUGAAGCGUAGAUACUUCUUCAGAAAUCUGGGUGCGAUUCUUAUGUACGCUUUGAUAGGAACCUCCAUAUCAGCUUUCGUUAUUGGAGCUCUAAUGUACGCCUUUAUACAACUGAUACCGCAUCUCUCCACGUCGUUCACGUUUCUGGACACCUUGUACUUCGGCGCUCUGAUAUCUCCCACGGAUCCACUGACAAUAAUAUCCAUCUUCAACGACCUACACGUAGACGUUAAUCUGUAUGCUUUGGUGUUCGGCGAGAGUGUGCUGAACGAUGCGGUCGCCAUUGUACUUAGCGGCUCGAUACAAAACUAUGCGGAGCGAUACCAGUCGGGAUCGGGCGGUUUCGAGACCGUGGCGUUCUUCCAGGCGUUUGGAGACUUUGUUGAAAUAUUUAGUCUGUCCCUCUUCAUCGGCGCUACUAUGGGAUGCAUCACCGCGUUGCUGACGAAGUUUACCAGGGUGCGAGACUUUCCUCUCUUGGAGUCGGCGUUAUUCGUCUUGAUGUCCUACAGUACGUUUUUAAUCGCCGAAGCUGCCGAUCUUACAGGCGUGGUCGCUGUUCUCUUCUGUGGAAUAUGCCAGGCACAUUACACGUAUAACAAUCUGAGCCCGGACUCGCGCCAGCGCACGAAGCAGCUGUUCGAGCUGUUGAAUUUCUUAGCCGAGAAUUUCAUAUUCAGUUACAUCGGCGUCUCGAUGUUCACCUUCCCGAAACACCAUUUCGAUCCCGGCUUUAUCUUCGCAGGAUUUCUAUGCGCGUUACUGGGUCGCGCGGCUAACGUUUAUCCGCUGUCCUUCAUACUGAAUCUGGCGCGGAAGCCGAAGAUAUCGUUAAACUAUCAGCACAUGCUGUUCUUCGCAGGAUUGCGCGGCGCCAUGAGCUUCGCUCUCGCCAUCAGGAACACCGUGUCCGACGCCAGGCAGGCGAUGUUGACCACAACCAGCCUGAUCGUUAUACUGACGGUUAUUCUGCAAGGCGGCGCAACAACGCAGUUUUUAAGCUGGUUCAAUAUCCCAGUCGGAGUGGACGAGGAAAUAGAAGGACUUUCUCAUAACGGAACACGCAGUGACGGACCGCUGCCAGGCGGCGGCAGUGGCAGCGGUGGCGGCGGCGGCGCCGGUGGCACAAAGCCUAACGAGAAGGCGUUGCUCGCGAGAAUCUGGGGCGAUUUCGAUACCAAAUACAUGAAGCCCCUGUUAACGCAUUCCAGGCCUACGUUGUUAGAAACGUUGCCGGUCUGUUGUAGUCCGCUGGCGAGAAUCCUCACGACCACGCAACAGAUGACGCAGGACGAGGUUGCGAGAAAAGUCGAUUCGGAUUCGGACUUCUGCUUGGAAGAUCGCGAGAUGGAGCGGCGCAGGACCAGCGUUCAGCCGGUGAGUUUCCAUCAGCCUAAUCUCAAUUACACUGUUAACCCGUGCUAUCAGCCUAACAACAGCACCACAGACGUCGGCACUAAUCCGGACGAGCCCUAUGUAAUUCUCAAUUUACACAGAAGGUAGAACUAACAGCAAUCUCCUAACACCACCACCUUUUGUGUAUCUAAAUCUUUCUAGGCUGAAGAAAGGGAAAGAGGGAGAAUGGAAGAGUCUUGUAUAUAUAAUUCGUGCGCGUUAAACGCGGAAUUACAAUUUAUUUAAUUCCUGUGUACCUCAUACGCUUCACAUUCGCAUCCGUUCAUCAUAGUUACGGUUAUGAUUUCGUUAAAAAAAUUUUACGUCUUUCGUUUUGAAAUGAAAACGACUGAUGUAUCAGACAAACGAAUCUCGCGAAUUCGUCUCGAAUUUUACUCCCUUUUUAAAAAAUUUUUUUUCAAUUCUUUACUUCGACUUUGUGAGUGUAGACAACAAUAGCCUGCGGCUACGUGUGUGUACACUGUAUAUUUCUACGCAUGUUCUCCAUACUGCUACGUACAAGCAAUACAGACAAUACGUAGAGCAGACAUAAUCGCGCGAAACGAUCAUUUUACAUUCGACAUUUCGCCUCUUCUUUCUUUCGUUCUUUUAUAUAUAAAUCACGAGCUUGGAAUGUUCUAUUGCACGUAAGAUUAACUUUAUCUGGAUGAUGUAAUUUCUCUUGUUUUCUCGAUUUCCGAGCUCACCCCUCGAGUGAAACAGCGACUAGGGAUAAUCGAGGAUUCGGGUGCGAUAGCAGCUUGAAAAAAAAAACGAUACUUUUCGGACGGGCGAAAUGAGUUUAACAGUUCAAUAGCUAAAUUCAAAAGAUGGAGGGAAAUCAGAUCUAUACAAACGAAUAAUCUAGCAUAACGAUAGAAUUGUUGCAAUGAUGACCUUUCGCCAAUUAAAUCGUAAAGUUUUAAGCUGCAUGCUGCUGUCGCGCACAAUGUCUCGGUUUCGAAAACGACAAUGUGACAACUGUAAAUACACCGUUAAUUUUUAACAAGCCUGCUUGCGCUUAAAGAACUGAGAGGAAUGUACGUAUGCUAUUUUGUUAAUGCAAACCGACCUUUUAUCUGCUCUGCCUCAAUCUUACACUAACACGGUGCGCAAAUUUGACAAACACGGUAAAAUGUUAACGAGCCAGUUCGCCGUUGCGUGCGAGUGACUCCUCGUAACUGCGUAUUCCCUUCUGUCGAGAGGUGAUUUUUAUAAAUCUGUGCAGCAGAUAAACUAUUCUAGUCAACGAUUGCCUACUAGAUAGACGCACGAGAAUUAAUGAAUGGACAAUAGCGUGUGAUAUUUAUCGCAUAACGAUGGAAUAAAUUCCACAUUUGGUAAACUCGACUCGAAAAUUAUGUUUAAUGUACACGUAAAAAUGACAAGCUUCUCCGACCUAUUUCUGCGCUUGUGUCUUGCUCUUCUCACUCUUCACGGGGGAAAAAAAUCACAGUCACAUUUGCGGAGCGCACGUUUGAUCGUACUUUUUUUCAUCGGUUUUUCUAGAGAAGGAUAAAUGGUGACAGUGAUGAUGAUGAUGAUGAUUCCGAUUCCGAUGGUGAAGACCUCAGAAUCAUCGGAAUGGAUGGAUUCAUUCCGUUACGAACGUUGUAGCCGGGAAAACGGUUCGACGAUCCAUGUGUACCUAAAACCUGUGCAGCAAAAGAUUCUUCUCUUGACUGAACAGUCGUGAAUAGGUCGUAUCACGCGGUGAUUUUCCGAAAGUAUUAAUACGUACGAAUAGCGUUAAGGGAGUGAAGAUGAUCGUGAUAUAUUCCGCGCUUUGUCAUUUUUUCCGAGAGAAUUGUAUAUUUCUAUUUAUACAUAAAGAGUGUUGGAAAAGAAAAUUCAGGACCUGGAGAGAGUACGUAGCGCUCAUUGAUCUGAGUAAAAGAAAGAUGCUCUUUUUUUAUCUCAACCGAACGUUUCUCGAAAUUUAGUUUUUUUAACGGGCAAGUACCACUCCCGGAUUCUUUCUUUUCUGAACACUGGAACGUGUUUGCCAAACUCUUCGCGAGGUUCAAACGCUCGAGCAUUAAACAUAAUUUUCAUAGUGUUCAUUAAUUCUAAUCGCGCGAUUAAUUCUAAUCCGAUUAUUGCGACUGGCAAUGUAGAGACGUAAUAGGGUAUUGAGGCUCUGUGGCUGCUGUGAUCUUUUAAUCUUUGCUCUUUGAAAAGUUAUAUAUUUAUUUGUAAGCUGGGAGAAAGGAGUAUUCGUGUGUCCCGUCUUUUCUGAAAUACCACGAAAAAUGCGAUAUUUCUAACAGAACAGAUCAUUUCUGUUCGUAGCAGCGCGAUAUAUUAAUCUUUUUCUUCGCGCAAGAUUGCUACUUGAAAAAAACUUGGGACGUGCGAAUACUUCUUUCGCCCACUGUGAUCCUCGAGAGCCCUCCCCCCUUUUUUGCAUGCAGUCAGUUUUUUAAUGCGGAAGGAUCUCUGGCAUUAAUCAUCUCGCAAUCGCGCUGCCGGCAUACUUAAUCGUCUAAUAUCUGCAUGCCGCAAUAUACUACUUCACACGUACCUAUCUUAUUUUUUACGUUGUUUUCUCCUAUUUUCUUUUUAGUUUGUACAUUGUUAUAUUAUUUAUUCACAGACGAGCGUCAGGAGCUCUGCACGUAGAUCGCAGUUAUGAACAUAAUAUAUUUUUUUGGCGUCUUAAGAUUUAUUUUAACGGCCCGAUAUAUUAUAUGUUUUCGUAUAAUUGUUGCCGGUGAUCUGUCCACGUAUCUACGUUUAAGUAUCAAAUUGUUAAGCGUUUUUAGCUAAGUGUAAGAUAUAUUCUCUUCGAAUCGUUGCUAAUUUUAAAGAAGCUAAUUUCUAAAAAUGUUGUCAAAGGAGUUUUUAUCGGACACUUACAAUUCCUUUAAGUCCCGUUUAAGAUAUAUCUCCGGCGGUGAUAUUACCAGACUCAUACACUUACGUUUGUGUUAACGUAACCGCUAUCGCUUAUGAUUUGAUAACGAAGUCAAUAUUGCAAUGUAGUUUACAGGCGUGAUACUUCAGGCAACGAAACCCACGAUUCGUGCUUGGUCGAUUGUUGUCGUUUUGCUCUUUUUUUUUAAGUAGAGUAUUAUUUACAGCAGAUUCUAUAAAGAGUAGUAAUAAUUACAUACAUAUAUACAAAGUAGGAGGUUGACGAAAUUAAAGUACAGUGUGCUUUCUGUUGGCAAAUUAGCGUAUUACCUCGCAAAUUUUUUGUAAAUAGCGUUAGAGAUAGAGAGAAGUUUUAUUUUUUUUUUCUUCCGGCCUCGCGAAUUAUGUAGAUUCACUUUGAUGCCAAGCCUUUCGCUUUCGAAAUAGAUCUCCUAUCUCGAUGACACAAUCAGCCAAACCGCUUUGUAAAUAACGUAACAAUCUCAGCCCACGCGUGUACGCGAUACUAUACGUAAAUGUUUCGUCCGGGUGCGCCGGGAUUGAAUGUGAUCGAUUAAAAUGUCAAGCGGCAUACAUGUGAGAGAUGUUACAUGGUACUGGAGUCGAUUCUUGAUGUGUGUUUAAUACUUUGUGGGACAGCUGGGGACCGUGAUGAUGAUGGGAGAAGUUAGUCCGGGACCACUACCGCUGCACACACGGGUCGCCCUGCCAGGUCUGGUCGGCAGACACUUGUAAAAUCUUUCUUUAUAGCCGAUCGACCGUUUUUUUUUUCCGUUUCACCUCGCUCGCUCGCUCUCGAGUACGAUUGUCCUGUCCGAUUGUCAGUUCAAAGUCGGUCGCACGGCGAUUCUUAGAUUGUAUAUAUUCUAUCGCUUGUCGCUUAUCGUAUAAGUCAAUAAUCCCAAUAAAUAAUGGUUCAAAAGUUUUUCAUCUAGCCAAAGAAACAAGAGUCGUACUAAUUUCUCAGAAUCAAUCGAUGAUAUACCCGAUAUCAUUGCGUGCCGCCGAUUUUGAUGACGAGUCUCUCCGAGCGAUUGUUUGUUGCAACCGAUGCCGAAAGCUCGCGAUAGGCGCUCUAAUAAUAGGAAUCACAGUCGGAAUUGCUGUGGAGCUUUUAAAGGAACCGGUCGUGCUUCCUAUGCAAUUUUUAAUAGAGUAAUAAUAAUAAAGUGGAAGGAAAAGAGGAAGGACAGUUUUUAGUUGGGAAAGAUUCCCAGUAUAUGUAUACACACGUUUAUCGGUUUCUCUAGAUUUGUAGGUAGAUUAAUUUUGAUGACAGUCACAUGCCAUACGUUGAUUACUUCUUCGCGAGCUUUAAUUAUAGUACUUUUAAUUAUAGUACUCUGAAUGUGAUGAAAGUCAUGAUGUGUACGAGAACGAGUCGCGCGAUCCGUUACACGCGUUAAUCUCUUUUAUAUAAUAUUAUAUGAUAAUGAUUAUUGUUAUAAUUAAUUAUUCGAAAUAUCUGCCGAAAUUCUUGAACGGUGGUUUAACGAGAGAACGCAUGAUUUACUUGCCAAUUGUACAGUACGUGCAAUUACAUAAAAAUAUCAACGCAUGUCUUUGUUUUUCUUAUGUAUAUUCUAAUAUUCCAAUACGUAAAUAAUGUACUUCUUUGUUUAAGCGCCACCAUUAAGAAUUUGUUAGAAAUUUGGAAUAGUUACUGAGAUAUUAACUUGCUACAGAUGCGCGACUCGCAUACGGUAACUACGAAAUGUGAAAAUUAUAUAUACGUCUAAUAUAUACAUCGGUGAAAUAAUGAUGUAGCGCAAGAAUCGACCUGUAUCUAAUGGAUAUGCGUAAGGGGAUAAAGGGCUGAAUCAGUUCAGAAUUAGUCAGAGACACGCGGUAAGAUUUGUACAUCGACUCGGCAUCCGGGACAGACUAUUCUAGAUUGACUUACAUAUACGCGCGUUACGCGAAUCUAUUGUAUCUGAAGGUGUUCACGCGUUGAUUUGACGACGACUAGAGGGUAGAGUCGCGCUGCUAAUCGGAUUUUUCUCGGUCUCGGUGAAAAUUACUUAAUUUAGAUAUUUACAGCAGUCGGCGAAUUGACUUUGCCGCGUUUACAUGUACAAAACCUAGCUAUAUUACUUACGCGGAGUGCGGGGCACUCCGUCUUACUGUUUACAUUGUAACGCUUUAAAAAACUCCUGUUGCCUCGCUACGAUCGGAUAUCAAGCUGUAUAGACGCGAGGAAAUCGUAUGAGUUCUUUCAUCGUCGAAAACUGUUGUCGCCGCGUCAAAAAGAGAUUCAUGCACGGCUUUUCGUUUUCAAUAUAACUUCUGUAAUUUGUUAAUUGUUAUAUCAUUGAAAAUUAUAUGAAUUGUAUGAAAAGUUAUAUGAAAAAUUGUGUAUUACAGUGCCCGUGUAAUUGAUUUUUUUAGUAGCAGCAGAGAACGACCGCGAGCUUUAAUCACGUAUUCUUACACGUAAAGUUACAAAACGCGAUAAUAUACAAGACGGGUUUAAGACGAUUUUUAAUUUGUACUUUCGAGCAGGGAGUAUAUAUAUAUAUAUUUAUCGGCUUCCUGAUAUAUAUAUUGUUACGCGAAUUCUCCAAUCGUGGUAGAGUGAAGUUAGAUCUACGCUCCCUCCCCGAGAAAAGAAACUUAUACCAAUUGUAAUUCUUAAAUGAGAAUGCGAAUACGGCGCGAGGAUGCGAGAGGAUUUUUAAUUUAGUCGUUGGCUGUGAAGAUUAAAUAAAAUUGUUUGCGAACGUAGAGGUGUAUAGAUAUUAGGAGGGUGAAUUCUUAGGAGGAUAUGUUCAAAUAGCAUUGUAUUUAUCAAACGUGUACCGCGACUCCACGAAGCUAAUUCCACGAGGUAAGCACGGUGGAGGUUGUUCGCGAGAGGGUUGUUCUAAGACGAGUUACAUAACGCAUCGCGCGCUACAGCGAGGGAAAUAUAAGGAUGAACGUAUUGUGCUCCUCCGUAUAGAUAUUCGUGUUCGUGAAUCCGAUGUAUAAUGUGUAAUCGUAAUGUAUACAUGCAAUGAGUAUAACAACGUUGUGAUACUAUGUACCACACUUUGCAAUGUUUAAUAAAGUAUUUGUAAAAAUAUA